AUGCUCUCUUCAACAAUUGUCGCUCUUUUUGCCGUCACCAUCGCUGCGUCCCCAGCUAUUAAUAUCAAAACUCCCCGCGAUGAUCUCCAACCAUGGCAAAUCACAACCCUCUACACCCAUUCUCCCUCCGGGCGUCCAGGAAACGACCUCCAUUUAACCCUCAACGCCACAAUAGUAGACCUAAACACUCUACCAGUCGCCCAAACACCAACCGGAACAGCAGUCUUCCCAUCCAGUACCGCGAACUGCAGCGCGCAAUGGCUGAGUAGGGAUGAUAUACCUCUUGGUGUAGAAAUUCCAUGUACCCCAAUUAGAUUCGGGCAUUGGACUAUGAAACUAUUGCCUGGUGAUGGAGAGACGGGAACCGGUGCGACGACGAAUUUUGGAUUGGAGUUCAAGCUUGUGGAUAAUGUCACGGUUUUGGGGAUGGUUUACACGAGAACUUUCACGGGCGAGGGCAAGUUUAAAGUUGGUGAUAAUUUGAGUGGGAAUUGUGGAGGAUCGGGUGUUUGUAACUGGGGACUCACUACGAGACCAUAUUUGAUGACUCAGACCGAGCAGUCUUAG